AUGGCCGACCCCGAUCUCCACGAAGAUGUGAACUGCUUGAUUUUGGACUAUUUGGUUUGUCUCGCGAUCGAACAAACCCUCUCCGCCGCGGAUGAUAUACGCGACCCCGUCAAAGCCGAGGAAGCCGACUGGCUCGUGCAAUCAUUGAAAGCCUUCGGAUCUCUGCCCGAAACUCCAUCAUCAACAUCCAACUCACCCUCCUCGCUAGCCGUGGAUCUGAACAUCAAGCGUGAGAUCCUUUGGGUAGCAGACGCAGUCCGGUGCUACAAACAAGAGCCCAGACAAGGCCGAGAACCAGACUCACCCCAACUCGCCACGAUCGGCCUGCAAUUCAUGAAUCUCUGUCUUGCCGCCGUACCCAAGGUCUCCGAAUCCCGCUGGCUGGACGUCGGUGCACAAUUCCUGCACCAGGCCGCCGUUCACGACCACCACGCACAAGACCCCGGCGCAAUAAAACGCCUACAGGAAUGGGUCUGCAUCAAUCCGCGCCGUAAUAAGCGGUGGUUCGAAACGUGGCAGGCGUAUGGCUGCAAUGAAGGCGUUGCGGAAUCAUCGCGACGAUUCCCGCUCACCCGGUUCAAGGAUACGGUUAUGAGAUUCUUGCUGGAUCUUAUGACUGUUCUUGAGCCGCCUAUUUUGAUUGAGCUUGAGCGCGGGAAAUUGGGGAAUCUGUCGAGGGAUGAGACGAGGGCGCUUUUGGAGCGCGCUCAGCGGUAA